AUGCUGCGGUCGGCUCAAUCCAGAAGAAAGGCCUCUCAACAAUUCAUAUGCUGGAGAUGUCUCUCCAAAUUCCAUUCCACCCCCCCUGAGAAUACACGGCAAGCAACAGCUGCAAGACCUCGUCAGCCAUGGUCUCCAAGGCUUAGAAAUGGCACAUUAGAGCCUCAUCAGAGUUCAAAGAGACAGUUCAGUACUUAUUUUGCGCGUUCUGCCAUAGCAGAAACUCAGUCGAUCGAACCUUUUGCAGACCAGCGCCCUCCCUUCCAAGAUUCGGAUCCAAAACCUGGCAUCCGCCAGCGAUUACGAAAAUGGGAACUCGAAAAUGCCUCUCUUUUACCUCCUUCUUUAGAGCUCAGUGAUAGUCCUAAGCCUGGCGAGGUUCGCAAUUCAUUGACUCGACCGAUGGAUGGGGAGUUUAAGGCAGAUCCUAACGUGGAGGAUGUGAAUGAAAAUCUGCAUACACAAGUAUUCGAUCGCGAAGAGCUGCUUGAUGUCGGCGACAGCCGUGUUUUCCUUCGUCCUGGUGAUCUUGUGGAGUUGCGGAGCUUAGGCGGUCAACAUCAAGAGCUGGCUAUAUUCGUAAGAGAAUUUGCAACUCAAUCCCAGUUUUAUACCAUGUCUGGCAGGUGGCUGCACCGGCAGUCGAAGUCAGCACUUUUCUACGUUCCUGAUUUCGUGAAGCGUGAAGAGCUGGACGAGCUACGGCCAUAUCUCCCAACCGCAGAUGUCCCUCAUUCAAUGCAAGACAUACUCCACAGCAUGCCUCAGAUAGUCCCUAGACAUAUCGGGCAACCGCUCAUCCGUAAGAUGCUCAACUUUUGGACUGCGUCAGAUGCGGCAUACCAAUCUGCUGCGUACAUACUAGACAAUGCUCACAAAUAUGCGGCAUAUCCGGAUCGAUUCAGAUACGCCGGGCUUGAGGAAAUUGCUGAUCUGUUGUUACCGAAAUCUACCGCAAGGAAACAGGACGGACGGUUUCCAUACCCCGUUUUAUAUGCUGUCCACCGAUCCCUCCUUAUUGACGGCUUAGGUUUCCGCCCACAGGUGAGAGGAACACUUCGGGCGGGCGGUCAAUAUGAAAUCAGUUCAACAAAGGAGAUCGGGACCAUCGAAUCAGUAAGAAAUGUUGUUCGUGCGUAUAUUGAGGAUGGGAUGACUACCAAAGCGAAUACUAGAUAUUCUCGACCAAGAGCACUCCAACGUUUCGUUACCAAAGCUCGGCGGCUCAUUGACCUGAGCCGGAAGACACGAAAGUUCACUGCCCAUGGCGCCAUUGGGCCAUCCUCGGUAAAGGCAAAAGGUGGAAAAUUUGUGGUGUUGGGCCAGGAAGAAGAAUUUGAUUCGGCUGAUGUGUCCAUCAUCAGAUUUUUAGAGUCAUGGGCGGCCUUGCGGUCUAUCGGGGCUCAUUCUUCGCUGAAUGGCAUAGGAUCCAUCAUUCUGCGCGCGGUAGACAGGUACGAAGGAGUCGAUCUAGACCAAGCAACAGCGUGGACUUUCCUGCAGGAAAUUGGUGCCAUUGCCCCUUGGCAAAAUCGAGCAGCUUAUGAGAUGCGGGUGCCCGAAGUUGGACGGCAUCUUCCUGCUGGACCUGCCUUGGGAAGCCAAGACUUCGUAGCAGAUAGGCUGCAGGAUAUCCGGCACGACUGGGGAGAUCUUCCUGUCUAUUGUAUCGAUGACCCUAGUGCUCAUGAAAUAGAUGAUGGCAUCUCGAUAGAGGCAACCAAUACUCCCGAUGAAUAUUGGGUACACGUUCACACGGCAGACCCGGCUGCUCAUAUGGAUCCGAAAGGCCGAGCAGCAAAAUAUGCUGAGACAUUGAUCGAGAAUAUCUAUAUGCCGGAGCGGGUUGUCAGCAUGCUCGCAUCAGACUUUGUUCAAUCAACCCUCAGUCUUGCGCCAAAUCGGCCCAGCUUGACUUUCAGUGCCAGGAUGAAUACAAGCGGCGAUCUAUUAGACUACAAAGUGACACCAGGCACAGUCCGCAAUGUACAGUUCAUUAGCCCUCGGGUUUUGAGGGAGGUUGUUGAGGGGUCUGUUCCAGCGAGCAAAGAAACAGUUCGCGUGGUCGGGUCGCAUAUGCCUCCUGUAUCCGCUUCCAGACGUAUGCUCGCGAGUCACGAAAUUGCCGAUUCCGACAAAGAGAAGCUUCGUCUUCUUCAUGCCAUUGGAGCUGCUCGGGCAGAACAAAGAAAAGCCAGAGGCGGGGUUACUUCCGGCCAAGCAGGCUUCUCUGUAUCAGUAUCAUUCAAUGGCCCACUCCCAGCCGGAAAACAAAGUGCGGGUCUUUGCCUCCGUUACUAUGGAGAUCCGACAAUCCAAGUUUCCAGUGAAGAUAUGGACAAUGCAGCGAAAGAUCUCCCACAGGCUGGAAAUUUCAGGACAGUGGAAUCUUUCAUGCUAAUAGCUGGGGAAGUUGCGGCACGGUGGUGUAACGAUCGAGGCAUUCCUAUUGUUUAUCGCGUUACCCCUCGAAAUCUCGACAAACCCAACCCUGCGGACUUUUUUGUCCAGAAUGUCCUGCCAACGAUGGAUGAGCAAGGAAAGGUUGAUCCUUCUCAGGAAAUGGCUUACAUUCAGUUGUUAGGUGCUGUUCAACCAUCUACAACUCCCGGACCACACGCCACCAUGGGCCUUGAUAUGUUCGCAAGAUGCACAAGCCCGUUGCGUCGAUAUGGGGAUUUGCUUCUGCACUGGCAGGUUGAGUCCGCUCUUCUAGAGGAGGCUCGAUUGGGUCGGUCACUAGUUGGCAACACAAAAGACGACUUCUUACCAUUCACACGAGCUCAGGUGGAUGCACUCUUGCCUCGCCUGGAUACUAGAGAGAGGGUCAUAGCUUAUGGUAAACGGGCAUCAAAUCGACACUGGCUCUGUCUGUUUCUCCUCCGCGCUUGGAAAUUCAAAGAGGCUAAGAUCCCCUCCAAGUUCCCAUUCGUGGUCAGAGGUGUAGAUCAUGUAAAUGGUAAUAUCCUUGGAGUAAUGGGGACCUUCCUCGCCGGAGCGACGUGUGCAAUGCCAACAUGGGCUAGUCCUGCUGAUUUCAGACCCGGAGACAAGCUCGAGGUAGAAUUGGCAGACGUGAACGUCUACCAACAGCAUAUAUUUGUCAAGGCUCUUCGACGCCUAGAUUCUGCGGAGAGCGGGACUCUCUGA